CUUCAGCUACACUUUGACGUAAACGAUAAGAAAAAAGUCUGCCUACAAAAUUUUCGAGUGCACUUCAAAGAAAAUAAACAAAAUAAUCUACAUGUAACAUGUUCUCAUUGAAUUCUAUUAACAGUCAAAAUCAGAUUCUUAUUAGUUUUAGCCAGCUAUCAUCAAGAUAUUCUGGCAUAUUUAGACAUAGAAAACAAAACAAUUGCAAGACCAAACAUGAGAAUGGAAAACAAAUCACAGCGGCAGUGUACGAUGCAAACAUUUGCCAGGAAAGUUUUCAAGAGGCCCUAAGAAAUUUCGAUAAGAAUGUACUAGAUAAUAUGCGGAAUAUUGACGCGCGGUCAGUGGCAUCGUUCCCUCGCUUCAAGUCGCCUCUGCAGGACAUCAUCAGCGUAGGAUCUGCCAAAAAAGUAUCACAUAUAUCUGCUAGCAGCUUUGAACAAAACAAAAAUGGGUGGCUAGAUUUGACUCCAACGGUAACCGUAGACUUACGCGGCAAAAAUACUAAAUUCAGUGUCUCUGAGAAUUUUGUAGGUCUAUUAACGAGGAGUGUACAGAAAAAUUCAUUCAAAUAUACUGUCCAAGUUCGUGGUUUCAAAACAGAGAGAAGCGUACAUGCAGAUCUGAAGAGGAACCCCAACCUUUUAAAUAGACUGCGUAAGUCUUUGGGUCUAAAUGUAUCGGAAACAACUGAGAAGCAAUCAGCAGCGGGCCCGGAGGUCGCGCCGCGGCUCGAGAAGCUGCUCAACGAGGACACGGUGCUCACACACCAGCAGAAGGAUAAGAUUAAGAUCGCUUUUGCUGAGGGCUAUUUAGCAGGGUCUCACCCAGAAAAUGUGCGCGGCACAAAAGCAUCAAAAUAUUUAAAGUUGGUACAACAACUGCUGACCAUUGUACUGUUUCUGGCCAUCUUCGUGAGUCUCAUGGCGUCCGUUAGUGGGACUGUCUUCCGUUCCAGGAUCCAGCUGGGGAACCAAGUGGAGGUGGACCCGGAAGACAUCUCCGUCACAUUCGACGAUGUGAAGGGAUGCGAUGAGGCCAAACAAGAGCUCAAAGAUGUGGUGGAAUUCCUGAAGUCGCCGGAGAAGUUCUCGUCGCUGGGCGGCAAGCUGCCGAAGGGCGUGCUGCUGGUGGGCCCGCCCGGCACCGGCAAGACGCUGCUGGCGCGCGCCGUGGCGGGCGAGGCGCGCGUGCCCUUCUUCCACGCGGCCGGCCCCGAGUUCGACGAGAUCCUCGUGGGGCAGGGCGCGCGCCGCGUGCGCGACCUCUUCAAAGCAGCAAAAGAACGGGCGCCGUGUGUGAUAUUCAUUGAUGAAAUCGACUCUGUCGGUGCCAAGAGAACCAACAGUGUGUUACACCCUUACGCCAAUCAGACAAUAAACCAGCUGCUCUCCGAGAUGGACGGCUUCCACCAGAACGAGGGCGUGAUCGUGCUCGGCGCGACCAACCGGCGCGACGACCUCGACCAGGCGCUGCUGCGACCCGGACGGUUCGACGUCGAGGUGUCGGUGCCGACGCCGGACUACGGCGGGCGGCUGGAGAUCCUGCGGCUGUACGUGGCGCGCGUGGCGGCCGCGCCCGCGCUCGACGUGGAGGCGCUCGCGCGGGCCACCACCGGCUUCACCGGCGCCGACCUCGAGAGCAUGGUCAACCAGGCCGCGCUCAAGGCGGCGAUCUCGGGCGCGACGCGGGUGACGAUGGCGCACCUGGAGGAGGCGCGCGACAAGGUGCUGAUGGGCCCCGCGCGGCGCGCGCGCCUGCCCGACGACGAGGCCAACGCCAUCACCGCCUGCCACGAGGGCGGCCACGCGCUCGUCGCCUUCUACACCAAGGACGCGCACCCGCUGCACAAGGUGACGAUCAUCCCGCGCGGGCCCUCGCUCGGCCACACCGCCUACCUGCCCGCUAAGGAGAGAUACCACGUGACGAAGCAGCAGCUGCUCGCCACGAUGGACACCAUGAUGGGCGGCCGCGCCGCCGAGGAACUCGUCUAUGGGCCCGAUAAGAUCACAUCCGGUGCGUCGUCGGACUUGAAGCAGGCGACGUCGAUCGCGAGCCACAUGGUGCGCGAGUGGGGCAUGAGCGACCGGGUGGGGCUGCGCGCGCUGCAGCCGCCCGCCGACCGCGACGCGCUCGGCCCCGCCACCAGCGAGCUGAUCGACGCGGAGAUCAAGAAGCUGCUGUCGGAGAGCUACGAGCGCGCCAAGGCCAUCCUGCGCACGCACGCUAAGGAGCACAAGGCGCUCGCCGAGGCGCUGCUCAAGUACGAGACGCUGGACGCGGAGGACAUCAAGGCGAUCACGAACGGAGAGAAGAUCAAACUGGAGAAGCAGAAGAAGGACAGCGCCCCCUCCCCCGCCCCCGCGCCCGCCGCGCCCGGCGCCCUGCUCGGCCAGCCCGCCCCCGCGUAGACCCCCCCUCCCCACACGCCCCCAGUGAGCACACACACCCCCCCACACCUCUCAUGUUAUCGUGAGCGAAUGUAACAACUGAAAUCAAUUCUGGCAUUUCAUUUUGAAGUGCUUAUAAUCUAUCUACACCUUUUUACUUAUAAUGUCUUCGACUUACCCUGUCAAAUUUAACUCGUUCCAACUAAAAGAAAAAUAACGGAAACAUUAUAAUUGAUUUCAGAUAGCACAUAGUGGAGUGUAGCGGUUAGUGACAGACGGACACGUCUCAUGUGUACAAAAUAAAUGUUAUAUUAUACGGAGUGUCUUGGAAAAUUUUGCAGGAGUUAAUGAUACAAUAAAAAUAAGUAUAAUGUU